UUUUUAAUUCUUUCAAUGUUUUUAGGUGAUGAGUACCAAUGGAAGGGACCUUUCUACUUCAUCCAAGGAGCAGAUCCUCAAUUUGGACUAAUAAAAGCUUGGGCAGUUGGCAAUACAGGAAGUGGAGAUGAUGAAUGGGGAGAAGAAAUCAAAUUAACAGAGCAAGCAGUUCAGGCCAUUAACAAACUAAACCCUAAACCCAAGUUCUUUGUGUUGUGUGGAGAUCUUAUCCAUGGAAUGCCAGGAACUCAGUGGAGAAAGGACCAAGAGCAAGAUUUAAAGAACAUUCUGAAAAACACUGACCAGGACAUCCCGUUGGUAUUUGUCAGUGGAAAUCAUGAUAUUGGCAACACUCCAACAAGAGAAACGAUAGAUAAUUAUUGCAAGAGCUGGGGAGAUGACUACUUCAGCUUUUGGGUAGGAGGUGUUUUCUUUCUUGUGCUGAAUUCUCAGUUGUACUUCGAUUCUUCCAAAUGCCCAGAGUUAAAGCAAGCUCAGGACGCAUGGCUUAAUGGGCAGCUGGCUGCUGCCAAAAAACAUAAAUGCAAGCAUGUAAUAGUGUUUCAGCACAUCCCUCUGUUUCUGAGAGAGCCUGAUGAAGACCAUGAUUAUUUCAACUUGGAAAAAUCAGUUCGACAAGAGAUAAUGGAAAAGUUCCAUAAAGCAGAUGUAACAGAUUCUAACACAGCCAUAACAAGAAUGAAUUUAACACUGGAAGUAAAGAAUACCUGAAAACUGAAGUCUGGAAACAGUUUUCACUUGGAGAUACCUAAGAUGAAUACUAAUCCUAGCAGAGGCUGAUCCAGAGUACCUCAAUCCACAAGGGCAUUUCAGAUUUGAAUUCCCAUCCAGUGGAAUUAGGAUCUGAAGGACAAAUAUCUGCUAAAAUAGAGAAUUUGAAUGAAUAGUGUCCAUAAACACCAGCUUGCUUAAGGCAGCCUGCCUCAGAUAGCCAACAGGAGGUAAAACAAUUUUUAAAUCACAUGCUGUGUUGGUGAGGAAUCACAUUUGCAGUAUUUAUCAAUUGCUCCUAUUUCAGUUCUUCACCAAAAUACUUUAUUGGGUGCAAGCAGGUAGCAGAUGCUAAUCAUAACCGGGAGAAGCUGCAGUAUUUGUUGGAGAAGAAAAAAAGCUGUGUGACUCACGCGCCAAACUUUUUGCCUGGUUUUGGUUUUGCUUGCUGGUUUUGGCUAAAGGGCCUAAGAUAGGUGCCUCAAAAAUCUCCUGAAUUCUCAGACAGUGGGAGAUUUGUUCUUUCUUAUACUAUAACUGAAAUUGCUUCAUUGCCUUUUUAUUUGUAACCCUUCUAAUUACACUAAAACUGUAGGUUGGAGUUUUGUUUACACGUGAUGACAAGUCUUGACUUCUGGUCUUCUUUCAUUGCUAAAGGUUAAAUUCCGUGGAUGGUAGAAAGAUGUUACUUUACACACUGAUGCUUCCAUUAAAAUAAGAGUACUUAUUUCCCUUACAAAGCACUUUUUCUCUCUUACUAAAAGUGUCACAUGCAAUUUGCAGCUCGCUAUGAUUUUGAAUGUUAUUUUUUUCCUAACUUUUUCAAAGACUGAAGUUGUUUUGCUUACCUGCUGGAAAAGUGGAAAACAUUAAAAUGAGUUUAUUCCCAUAGUAGCACUGUUACUGAGUAGAAACUAGUAAAGAUAUUUUAAAUCUAGCUGGUGUAGUAUGCAAGCAAGCCAAACGUUUGGUUCCAUCUUUGGAGACUAAGCCACAGCUUAACUCUGCAGGUAAAGAUCAAGAUCCUGUCAAAUCUGUGAUAGCUAUGUGCCUGAGAGUAGAGUCUAGAAUGUUACUGAAGAUACUGGUUAUUUGUUGGGUGCUUGAAGGACAGGAAAAUGCUAUAUCCAUAGAUCCUUUACAGCCAUCUCUAAACUGGCUCACUCUUAAAAUUGUUGUGACAAAGGAAGAUAGGUCUCAGUCUAACAAGUAAGACGUCAUGUACAAAGUUCCCACAAAGUUCAGUUUUGCUUUCUGUAUUGGACAGGAUACCCAACCCCACCAUAACAGCUCUUGUUGGGCCCAUGCUGCCUGACACUUCAGCAAGGAAUGUGGGGGCCUAGAGCGGAGGCAAGCGUAGCCCCAAGGCUUGGGUACAUGCACAUAACAAGAAGGAAACACCAUGGUGUUUUGCCUGAAUUGCCUAAAGAUGUUGUAUUAGACAGACACUGCAAUAAACUGCAACAUGGAGCUGCUGAGAAGCUCCUUGCUCUCAGUGAACUGACUGUAGCAUCAGUUUUAAAACAUCUUUAUAUUGUAAUUCUAAAGAUGAAAAACAAUAUAGAAAGCAUGCAAUCUCUGCAAAGAACCCAUUAUGUCACACUGCCACUUUUUGAGAUAUUCUUAUUGGAUUUCUCUCAAGGAGGAAAAAAAAAAUUAACUGUUUUGCGAGGUUCCUGCAGCCAAGAGCAAGCUCUCCAUGUAAUAAUGCUGAGUUACACUUGUAACUGUCACACCAGCUAGGUGGGUGUUACACAGAACAAAAAGAAUCAGUACUGAUAAACAGGAUUACACUGUAACAGGAUUUUCACUUGGCAAUGACCUUCACACACCACUGUUCAAUGUACAGGUUGCUUCACUCUCAUUUCCAUCUUGAGUCAUUUGCUAUCUGAGGAAGGUUUGGCUUUUGAAAUAUGAAAGCCUAUGUAGCUUUUACCAAGCACAUAGCAGAAUAAUUUAUAUUUUGCUUUCUAAGCUGCUUAAUUUUUAACUAUAGAUUGAUCCUAGUUUAUGUAUUUUACAUCAGUCUUCAAAUCACUGUCUAUCUCCCCUGAAAGCAAAGGACAGAUGUAACCCACUGUCUUAAGACAAGUUCACCUACUUUCCUAUCUUUUAAUGAUGGUGAACUGAGUCUAAGCCUACUGUGGGCGAAAAGGUGGAAGGUAUUCCGGCUGAGGAAAUGAGGAAUUCCUUGUGAAGCUAAAACCGUGGUCCUUGUCACAGCUCUCUGCCUUUACAUUGCCUAUAAUCUCUCCCAGCAUUUACUUCAUCUGAAGGCAAAGUCAGUUGUUCCUAGCUUUUUUUUUUUUGCCACUAACAGUUAUAACAACUCAUGAAUGACUCAUUCGCUGCACUAGCACUUGAUCAGGACAAAAUGCGUGUUACCUUUGGUGUUAAGCAUGGAAUUGCACAUUAGGUUUCUUUGCUUAAACCCUAAAUAUCUUUGAAAAUAGAUUAAAAAUUAUCUCAUCUAUGUUUUUUGUUUUGACUUGUUUUUAAAGGCCACUAGCCUUGGAUAAAUAGCGUUGGAUAAGUAAGUUCUCCUUAGUGAAUUUUCUGCAUAUUAAUUAACAAAUACAGCUACAGUUCUUAGCUUUCAGCUUACGUUUCCAUGACAUAAUUAUUCAGGCAGUUAUUUAUUACUUUUUUUUCUAAUUUAAAUCAAUUUCCUCUGGUUUAUUCCUUCUUUCUAGCCAAAAGGGUUAGCAAGAUGACAAACGCCUUGCAGUAAGCAUAAAGAGGUGGGAAUCUAAAACCCUAAACAAAGCUAGUGGAGCAUAACAUCAUUCUUCUUACUCAUCAUUUAUUACGGCUACAAUUUAUUGCUGUUAACUAAUUAUUUGUUUAAAAUGCAAGUUUAGUUAAAUGGUUUCCUUUUCAUUUCAUGCUUUACUAAGUACUGCAGGUAAUAAUGACACCUGUACUUACUAUGAAAUUUUCCCUACAACCCCAAUAGUGGUGUAAUACAACUUCAGCAGUGCCUUUCAGUACAAAGGCAUUUUAUAUAUGAACUGCAAAUGCUAACUAAAUAUAUGCUUUUUAUUUU